AAGGUUGGUCGCCAUACUGGAAGAGAAGAACGAACAAAGAGAAAGGCGUAGAAAAAGUUCUGGUAGAAAUAAAGGGCCGCAGCGCUCCGAGUCAGCAUAAGACCAAAAAAAUUGAAAAGGUUUCAUCAAACGAUAACUGAAGAUCAACUUCAUUUAUCCUAUUUCCCAACAGAUCUGAAGAAAUCGGAAGAAAUAUUUCGCCAUCAAAGAAACUCGAUCGUUCUAUGAACAAUGAAAAACGAAGUUAAAAGUGCUGUAGACUUCCUCGCAAACAUCUUGCGGACUUCUAAACAUGUAAGUGAACAACAGGUGCAUAUUUUUAAAGAGAAUUUACAGAAUUUAUUGAGUUCAAAAUUCGAGAAUCACUGGUUUCCCUCCAAGCCAAACAAAGGCAGCGGCUAUCGAUGCAUUCGUAUCAACCACAAGAUGGACCCCUUACUUCUUCAGGCCGGCCACUCUUGUGGCCUAAACGAGACCGUCAUAUUUUCCAUCAUUCCUAAAGAACUCACAAUUUGGGUGGAUCCAUUCGACGUGUCCUACCGCAUAGGAGAAAAUGGCAGCAUUGGGGUGCUUUUCGAGUCUGAUAACACAUCUAUCAAUGACAACUCAUCCUCCUCCAUGUCAUCAACUUCAUCAUCUUCAUCAUUGUCCAGCGGAAGCGAAUCCCCCUCACCCAUGUCCAUGAUGUCUUUCUCAGCCAAUUCAUGCAAAGGACAGUUCAUGAGCGAAUUUCCACGGGAUAUGGGUCUCAAGCAAUUCGCCGCCUAUGUGUACAGCUGAUUGAAGAGCCAUAGUGUUUGUUUUCCAUCGUUUAAACUUGCUGCCAGUCAUCUGUACAUAUUUUUCUCACGGAUAACGACCUAUUUUAUUGUUAUAAUGGACUAUGAAUAUGGGAACAACUCUAUUUUUAAAAAAAAGAUAUUUUUUUUUUCUUUUACAUGUUAAGUGUUUGAAAAGAUGUGUUGUAGAAAUUGAUGUAGUGCUAGGCAGAUAAUUCCAUUUUUGUGUGUGUGAUAUUAAUGCGAAGGGCAAUAUUUUUAUGAAGGAUGCGUUUUUAAAUUUGUAAAAUGUGCAUGAAUGGAGAUAUACGAUGUCUACAUCGCCUGAUUGUUUGCUAUAGAUCGGGUAAAAUCCUGCAGCCAUGAAAUGGGACCCUUAGGGUUGUUUAUUUUAAUGUGCAUUUCCACUUUUCUCCAUAAAGUGGAUUUAGCAUUUUUUUAAGUCUUUCAUGACCGAUAUGUGUCCCAUUUUUGAUCUCUAUAGUGAAUGUAUUUUGUAUAUUAACUUGUAUGAAUGAACAGAAUAUUACAAAUACAUGUAUGUUACCAUGGGGCAUUUUAUAGAAAUAUAUUUGCUCCUUUUAUCAGGUGCAUAAUUUCUAAGAAAUAAUAGGUAAAAAAAACUCGAUAAAAAAAUGUCAAAAUGUCAGAAUAAAUUAAUUUAUAUGUUGCAAAAUA